UCUUGACAACAACAACAGCAACAGUUUAUUAUGCGAUUCAAGAUGGUGGAAGCGGAAACCCUUUUCGAGUUGCUUCAUAUGGAGAUUGUAACGCAAAUGUACAGUUCAAAUCUUAAGAAUGCCAAGGUCGAAGCAUACACAAAACUUGAGAAAAUGGGAUAUAGAGUUGGGCAGAGUUUGAUUGAAAGAUUUACCAGAGACACGCCACGGUUUAAGGAUGAACUAGAAAUGCUUAGAUUCAUAUGCAAAGAUUUUUGGAUGAAAAUUUAUAAGAAGCAAGUGGACAGUUUAAAGACCAAUCACCAGGGUGUUUAUGUACUGCAAGAUGAAAAUUUUAAACUUCUUAGCAAGAUAUCAAAAGAAAGAGAUUUUACAGAAGAAGCCAGAAAGCUUUUAGCAUUUCCUUGUGGUAUAAUAUGUGGAAGUCUUGCUGGGCUAGGACUUUCAGCAACAGUGACUGUUGAUGUUUCUUCCAUGCCUGCCUGUAAAUUCACUGUACAGAUCCGAAAGUGACUUUGAAGAAGGCAUCUUUGGUACUAUUCACCUCAACAUUUUGGUUGCUGUUGGUACAAGACAUGCCACACCAGCAGAUCUUUAUCUUGUACGAACCAAUUUGAAGUUGCUAAAUCAAUAUUCACUUCCCAAACAACUUCUUCCAUUGGGCCUUUUAGUGAACAAAUUUUAUUUGUAUUGUUUUAUGUUUAGAAAUUUAUCUUUUCUUGUCAUCAAAGAAGGAAAUAUUUCACAUAUUUCAAGUCAAAAUUUCACAGAAUAAUGAAAAAGAAUCCAGAGGAUUUAUUUUCCCAAAGGCAUCCAAGUGAAUUAAUUUUUGCCUUAACAAGACUUUUCGCUUGGCUUGAAAUCGGAGGGGACAUCCUUUGUAAUACUGAACUUUUUCCUGAAAAUUAUGUCAUAAAUUUUCAUAUCUUGUACUUAAGGAAUAGGAUAAGCAGGAUUGUGAAAUCAAGCUGAAAUGUGCAAUGAUAAUCCACAGAGCAGACGGUGUGAUGAUCUUUAAGCUCUUCAAAUCGACCUGUAUAAAACAUUAAUGUAUAGUUGAAUAAACUUAAACCUUGAUGUUGUAUUUACGUCUGUAAAUGUUGAAAAGGAAUAAUUUUGAAAAUUCAACAUGAAUAGAACAUAGUUUAUAUAUUUUAUGGAAAAUGAAAGCCAAUAAAGCCCAAAUGUUUAUGCUGCGUUGCAAACACUUAGACCAACCUUUCGACCAAGUACAACCAAAUUUGAACGAUAAAUCGACGUAUUACUAAGUAUUUACGUGCUUUAAAGUAUCUCAGAAAUGCGGGGCUUUCUUCGUGUCACUGCAAAUGACAUGUUAUUCUCUGUUAUCAAAAGUAGUUUAACGAGACUAUUAUAUCAGUUUGUAACUAGACCUUCUUACCUAUAUUCUUUGUUCCGUGUAACAAAAUCCUAACGUAGAUAUCAAUUUUAUUGCCUUACUUUAGAAUUAAAUAUAUAGAAUUUGCGUAUACGAAUUUCGUCAAAAAGAUAACACUGUAUUGUUUCUUUGGAAUCCAUAUUUCAAGCAUGAAAGCAAGCAAUUAAAGAUCUUUUGGUUCCAUGACCUUUUUAUAUAUUUUGGUAACAAACAAAGAUUUUCAUAGCCUUGUUGUGAGCGUAACGAUUUUCAAUAAAGAAUAACACAUUUUCAUUUGUAUUUUCAUGACAUUAUUUCAAAUUU